AGCAACAUGCAUCAGAACGAAGACUCUGUGAUCGGCUACUCAACCUUAGCAGCCCAAAACAAAGCACAUACGGAUCCGUUAAAGAAUUUUGCCUUUUAUGAUUAAAAAGGGCGUUAAUUAAUCAUGGGCAAAAAGCAUAAAAAACACAAGUCGGAGAAGCACGCGUAUGAAGAGUACACGGAGAAGCCACUGAAGCUGGUCCUGAAGGUGGCGGGGAAUGAGGUGACCGAGUUGUCCACGGGGAGCUCCGGCCACGACCACGACGACCACGACAAGGACAAGCACCGGGACAAGAAGAAGAAAAAGAAGAAGAAGGGGGACAGGGAGAGGAGCAGCCCGGCGCCGUCCCCCGACGACAAACGGAAGAAGAAGAUGACAAAAAAGAAAAAGGGACAGGACUCAGUGGACACAGACUGGGAAGAGAGGGAACAGAGUCACACGCCUAUUCGAUCAGAUCCCACCCAGGACAAACACCUGACCCCGUCCAUCGGCCAGGUAGAAGAAAAAGAACAGAGUCCCCUGCAGGAGGCGCUGUCACAGCUCAUCAGGCAGCUGCAAAGGAAGGACCCCAGUGCAUUCUUCUCCUUCCCGGUGACAGACUUCAUUGCUCCAGGCUACUCCAUGAUUAUCAAGAGGCCCAUGGACUUUAGCACAAUGAAGGAGAAAAUAAAAAAAGACUAUUAUCAGUCCCUGGAGGAGCUGAAGGCAGAUUUUAAGAUUAUGUGUGAGAACGCAAUGAUAUACAACAAGCCCGAGACCAUUUACUACAAGGCUGCAAAGAAACUUCUCCACUCUGGCAUGAAAAUACUGAGUGAGGAGAGGUUACAGAGCCUGAAACAGAGCAUUGAGUUUAUGGCUGACCUGGAAAACACCAAAAAUGAGGAGGGGGAGGCAGAGAAGGAAGGAACCUCCACCCUGGACCAGUCCAAAGACAGCCAGGUGGCCAUGGACACCAGCGAGACCACCCAGUCACCGAGAAGGAUUCUCAGGGACACGCCCAGGCAGGAUAAGGACCCCAAGGAGGAAUCUCUGAGGAGCAUUGGUCAGGCUGAGAAGGAGCUAGAAGAAAUCAAGAAGAUCAUUGAGGAUUCUGGUGGCAAAUUGUCUAAUAGGGACCUUCAGACUGAGCUGGAGUUUGAGAGGCGGAAGUCUGACGGGACAACCACACUGGGGAUCUUGAACCCAGCCGACCUGAUAGCCGGAGAUAACGGCUACUGCCCGGUGAAACUGGGGAUGAUGAUGGGGAAGCUGCACAGCGGCAUCAACACCCUGCAAGGCUUCAAAGAGGACAAGAGGAACAAGGUGACCCCAGUGGCCUAUAUGAACUACGGUCCGUUCAGUUCCUAUGCUCCGGUUUACGACUCCAGCUUCGCCAACGUGAGUAAAGAAGACUCCGACCUGAUCUACUCCUUUUACGGCGACGAGUCCAGCCUCCAAGGUUCAGAAAGCUUGUCUGAAUUUCUGUCAAAGAGUGAAGAAUACAUGGGCAGAUUAGCAGACAACAUUUUGGAUGCCUUGACACAUGGGGAACACACAAAAGCAUUGCUGGAAGUGAACACGACUAACCAGGCAGAUGAUGAUCCGGUAGAUGGAGAAGAAACGAUGAAAGACGUGGAGAUAAUUGAAGCUGAAUCCAGCAGCAGAAGCAGCCUGACCUCACUGAACUCAGUGCUGGGGCUGGACCUCGAGCCCCCAAACUUCUCCUCUGAAGAUGCCAAGCUGUUCCAGCAGAAGCUGGAUGAGACCACCAUGCUGCUGCGGGAACUUCAGGAGGCCCAGAAUGAGCGUCUGAGUGCCAAGCCACCCCCCAACAUGAUCUGCCUGCUGGCUCCCAGCGCCAGGGAGGUGGAGCUGGCUGAGAAGGUAACAGGCAAUCUGGCACACCUGGCCAGUCGGGUUACGCCGGGUGACGUGAGCAGCGUGUACGGGAUCAGGAGAGCCAUGGGGAUUUCACUGCCCUCUGGUGGACUGGAGGAGAGUCUCAUUGACCUCACUACAGUGUCGGACGUGGCAGAGCCAGCGGACAUCUUGCCAGUGAGGGAAGAGGAGAUGGCCACCGCCAUAGCAGUCUGACGCUGGCUGAAAGUCUUUAUGAACAGGGAGAGCUUUAAAUGCUAUUGUACAGAGGGUACUUAGGGUUCUUUUUAUGUUUCUAAGCAUUUUACAAAAUAAACCCCUUUUUUAAAUAA